CCCUAUGUAUGGCAAAAACCCUAAUCUUAACAACAUUUCUCCUAUUCACUUGUAUAAUUUCAUGCUCAGCUCGCUUCGAAAAUGUCGAGUGUCUAGACAUAUUACAAGACGUUUUCCCCGCCGUUCGAGUCUAUAAGAACGGAUCCAUCGUCCGAUUCUUCCCUGAGGACUUUGUCGAGCCGGCGCCGAACGGCGAUCCACAGAGGGGAGUUCGAUACAAAGACGUGAUCAUCGAUGAAGACCGUAACGUCUCCGCCCGGAUCUUCUUGCCGACGGUGAUCCGUCAGCCAGGGAGGUUGCUCCCCGUCCUCAUCUACUACCACGGCGGCGGGUUCACAACCGGCAGUCCCUCCUCGUCGACAUACACAAACUACGUCAGUUCCGUCGUAGCCAGAGCCAAUGUCGUCGCCGUGUCAGUGGGUUACCGGUUGGCCCCCGAAUUCAGGCAACCGAUUGCGUACAACGACGCAUGGGUCGCGUUAAAGUGGGUGUUUGCCCACGCCCAGUCGCACGGUGGGCGAGGGCCCGAGCCGUGGUUGCGAGACUAUGGGGAUUUCAAUAGGGCUUAUGUAGGCGGGGAUAGCGCCGGAGGCAAUAUCGCGCACAAUACGGUUUUGCGCGCCGGAAUAGAGAGGGCAAGCCGGAUUUUUGUACAAGGUCUAUUUUUGAAUUCCCCGAAUUUUUGGGGAAGUACUCGGAUUGGCGGAGAGGAGAAGAGGUACGACGAGGUUGUGUUUAGGAACAACUUAUGGUUGCUUGUGUACCCAAAUGUCCCGGCCACAUUCGACUUCCCGGCAAUAAAUCCAAGCCUCGAUCCGAAUAUACAUAGGCUACGUGCGACGAAGUUGCUUCUGUAUGUCGGGGGGGAAGAUAUCCUUCGCGACCGCGGAAUUCUUUACGUGGACACGUUAAGGAAGAGUAGGUGGGGUGGAUCGAUUCAAUUUUACGAGGUCCCGGGCGAGGGACAUGUGUUUGAUAUACUAAACCCGGACAAGGAUAAGGCUCGGAGGAUGUUGGAUGUCGUCGUUUCAUUUAUUAGCUCCGGCAAUGCCAUUUAGGCGGCGUCCGUAAAAUUAACAAGCUCGAGCUCGUCCGUCUGUAAUGCCACGUCUGUAAAAUUAACAAGCUCGAGCUCGUCCGUCUGUAAUGCCAUUUAGGCCGCGUCUAUAGAAUUAACAAGCUCGAGCUCGUACGUGAGCGUAUAAUAUAUUUGUGGAUGUGUAAUAGUGAUGGAUGAUUGUGUUUUCGUUGAUGUUUGUUUUGUGUGUUGUUGUGAAGUUAUAAGGAAUAAAAUGUGUGUUUUAGAUGAA